AUGCUGCGCCGGGCGGGAUGUAAGCAGCAGCAGCAACAGCAGCAGCAGCAGCAGCAGCAGCAGCAGCAGCAGCAACAGCAGCAGCAGCAGCAGCAGCAGCAGCAGCAACAGCAGCAACAGCAGCAGCACGCAGCAACCGCCUACAAGCGAAAAGCUCAAGAGAAUGAAUACGGAGGGAGACUGAAAAAUAUGCUUUCCUUUGGCACAGGGUUUAGGGUUUAG